UGGGAGUUGGCAGCCCGGCGAGCGAGUCUGACUGCACGCUGUGGCAGGAGCCGCUGCCAAAAGAAAAAGGCCACCCACUUUUCUCCUCUGCCGCUGCCCUUCCCGGGACAGCCUCGCGCGUCCUCGCAUUCUGCGGACGGGCAGCGGCCUCCUGACUGCGGCGAGAUGGAGCUCCGCUGGAAGGAGGAGACGGAGGAAGAGGAGGCGCUGCCGAAGAAGCGAGACGAAGUGGAGCGAGGGAAAGCCAAGCGGGCCGGGGAGGGAGCAGGUGCCGCGGGCAUCGCGCCGCUAGAAGAAGGCGUCUCUCAUCCUGCAAGCCGCCCGGCGGAGGAGAGAAUGCCCGAGGAAGGUGAGAGCCAAGGGCGAGGGGAUUCCUCGAACGACGCCGUCCGGCGACAACGGCUCAACGGCUGCAGCAAAGCAGCUGGACAGGAGGAAGAGGAGGAGGAGGAAGGCUCCGCAGAACAAGGCUCCAGGCCCACCCGAGCUGGCUCGGCCCCAGAGGAAGAUGUCAGGCUCUCUGCUUCGGGGCAAGAGGUGGUCAUGUUGAAAAGAAGAGCGGCGGAAGAUCUGCAGCCCUCUGGAGAGCCGAGGGGCUCCGAAGAUGCCCUGAUGGGGGAGCUCUCCGAGAUGGUACACAAGGUGGUGAAGAGCAGCAGCUGGUGGGAGAGGCACGGCGUAGAUGACACCAUUAUCGCUCUGAAUGUCCUUAACCUACCGCUAGGAUUCCUGCUUCUACGUUCCAGCAAUCCUUUUGUGUUCCUGGUGGGCAUUGCUGUCCUGGGUGUGGCCUAUCAUACCCUCACUGUGAAGGCAAGCCACUUGGCUAGCCACAAUGCCCUGACGGAGUCCAAAUCAUGGGGGAAAUUAUGGAGCAUAUUCUUCAUUGAGGUUUGCUCCGCUUUCACAGCAGAACGAGGGUCUUACAACCAUGUCAAAAUGCACCAUGCUUACACCAACGUCAUUGGCCUUGGGGAUUCCAGUACAUGGAAGAUUCCUUUCCUGAACCGUUACGUUUAUAUGUUCAUUGCACCUGUUGCUGUGCCUGUCCUCACUCCUUUAGUAGCCAUUGGUUUACUCACAGAAGUAGAACUGAAAACUGCCAUUCGGACUCUGUGUUGUAUGUUCGUUGGUUUCUAUGCCCAUUAUUGGCUGCUGAUUAAUGUCUCAGGGUUCCAGUCUAUCUGGUCUGCACUCGGCUGUAUGUUAAUCACCCGUGCUCUCCUCGCCCAUGCAUACAUCCAUGUCAAUAUCUUCCAGCAUAUUGGCCUACCCAUGUUUUCACCUGAUAAGAAGCCAAAACGAAUCCACAUGAUGAGCUGCGGAGUUCUCAAUUUGCCUCGAAAUCCUCUGUUGGACUGGGUUUUUGGACACUCGCUCAUUAGUUGUCACGUGGAGCAUCACCUCUUCCCAUCUUUUUCUGAUAACAUGUGCCUGAAGAUAAAACCUUUAGUUUCUCAGUAUUUGAAAAAGAAGAAAUUACGGUACAAUGAGGAUUCUUACUGGUCCCGCUUGAAGCUAUUCCUGGACAAAUAUGAAGAACUGAUGGUCCACGCACCUCCUAUUUCUGAACUUGUGGGGAUUCAGUAAUUGUACUUUUAUGGCUAGAGCUAGGGUCUUAAGGCAGCAUGGUUUCUUUUUCCAAGAUCAAUGCAUUUAAAUCUAAGUUAAGUUAUCAAGGGAAAAUAAGUAUCUUAUUUAUGUCUUCCUUAUUGGUCAAGCAAAAAUGAACUUUAGAUACUGGAUCCAGCUGUCCAGUAAUGGGUCAUAGGGGAAAAUCAAUUAAUUCAAUUGUACUAUAUUUGAUUUUCUUCUCUGCUGUAAUAAUCUUUGCACACUGAUAUAUUUAAUGGAUCAUUUCCAUUCAGCUAUUCUGCAACUUGAGGGAGGGAAAUCUAAGGGCUAUUUACCAUAUUGCCUCUUAAAUUAAAAUAACUUGCAAGUUAAAAGACAUUUUUACAGUACAAACUUUGACAAGUUUUGUGUAGCAAUUCCUUUUCCUUUCUGUACAACAGAAAAAACACAGAUCACUGCUGCUAACUGAUCUGAAAUCCUGCAGGAAAUACAAGCCAUCUUCGCAAUAUAUGCAUUUUUAGAGCAGCCUUCCUCAACUGGUGCCUUGUAGAUAUGCAGACUCCAAAUACCAGAAUGCCAAUUAGCAUGGGAAUUUCUGAAAUUCUAGAACAUCUGGAAAGAACACUGGGAAAGCAACUUAUUAGAGGAAGCUUUUCCUAGAGGUUAAAAGAAACAUGAAAAAAUGGCAUUGACUGUUGGACUGAUAUUCACAUAGCUCUAAUUACUUGAUAACUUAUACGAUGCUUCAUAGGAUUUCAUUUUUUAGCACACCCUCACAGGUAGCAAUCCCCAGCUUACUUUGACUGUUCUGGGACAGUGCUAAGGAAGGGCAGGCCAAGUCUGUGCUUAGUAGACCUCCACAGAAUAUCAGGUUUGCGGGCCAAACUGGGAAAUCAGAAACCACCCUGGAAGAUGGCAACAGUAAAGCCACUUCUGUCCUUUUGCCAACUCCCCACUCCCCGUACACAAAUCCAUUAUUGCGGUUGCCAAGAGUUAAGCUUGACCUGAAGGAGAUUUUAUUAACAUUUCUCCUCCUGCAAGAAGCUGAAA